AUGGAUAAGUUUGGGAAGACGAGAGUCCACAUUGCGAGUUGUGCCAACUAUGGAAGCCUGGAGCAGAAUUCAGCUUUUUCAUCGUGCGAUUGCCCACUGAAGCAAGCAUGGGGUAGCCAGGAUUUGCUGAUCGGGGGACUGAGAGCAGUCUGCGCGGAGUGUGGUGUUGUGGCGGAAUCCAACCCAUUUGGAUCGAAGGAAGUGAGGGUUUUCUUGAAGGGUUUGAAAGAAGAACAGGAUAAAGCUAGAGGAACUUCUUUUAUGGAGAAGAGGAAGAAACUCCCGGCUACUACCGAGUCCCAAAGCUUUGACACAGCUCAUGUUAACGGUUAA